AUGGGUGUCGAGAAUUAUCAUGUAAUUGAGCUUGUAGGUGAAGGUUCCUUCGGGAAGGUAUACAAGGGAAGACGCAAGUUCACAGGCCAGACUGUUGCGAUGAAAUUCAUUAUGAAACAUGGGAAAAGUGACAAGGAUAUCCACAAUUUAAGACAAGAAAUUGAGAUUCUAAGGAAGCUGAAGCAUGAAAAUAUCAUUGAAAUGCUUGAUUCCUUUGAAAGCCCACAAGAGUUUUGUGUUGUCACAGAGUUUGCACAAGGUGAACUAUUUGAAAUUCUUGAGGAUGAUAAGCACCUUCCAGAAGAACAAGUUCAAGCAAUUGCUAAGCAAUUGGUGAGAGCAUUGCAUUAUCUCCAUUCAAACCGCAUCAUCCACCGUGACAUGAAACCACAAAACAUUCUCAUUGGUGCUGGUUCUAUUGUUAAGCUUUGUGACUUUGGGUUUGCACGAGCAAUGUCCACAAAUACUGUUGUUUUGCGAUCCAUAAAAGGUACUCCCCUGUACAUGGCUCCUGAACUAGUGCGGGAACAACCUUACAACCACACUGCAGAUUUAUGGUCUCUCGGAGUUAUAUUAUAUGAAUUAUUUGUUGGCCAGCCUCCAUUCUAUACAAAUUCAGUAUAUGCACUAGUUCGGCAUAUAGUGAAGGAUCCUGUCAAAUACCCUGACAACAUGAGUUCAAGUUUUAAAAACUUUCUGAAGGGGUUGCUCAAUAAGGUGCCUCAAAAUCGUUUGACUUGGCCAGCUCUUUUGGAACACCCAUUUGUUAAGGAGACAGCUGAAGAACUGGAAGCUAGGGAAAUGCGGUCUGCUACUGCUGCAGAAAGGGGGUGCGUUGCAGCAUGGAGGGGUGAGGGAAACAAAAUCCAAACACCAGGUGGCUUGGCCGUUUCUAGUCCUGUAGGUAUAGUCACAUCUACAGCUUCUUCAGAGGACAACAGUGGAAUAAGUUUUCAGGAUGAUGCUCAAUCAAAUAUUCCAGACUCCAAAGCAGUCAAUUCUUCUCCUAAUGAGGAGUUUCCUGGGUUUGCAAAUCCUGAUGAAGUUAAACAGUCAGGUUGUCAAAUUCUCGACAGACUGGAAAAUAACUCGCGUACGGUUAAAGGUGCACUAAUAAUUGGUCAAGAUAAUGAAGCAUUAGCACAUGUUUUGCUACCCAUAAAACGAUGCUCGCAAGGAUCCCAAAAUUCCAGCAGGGAUCAAGAUAUUCUUACUUCAAAUCAAUCCUUAAGAAUCCUUUCAAACUUAGUUGCAGUUGGUGCCAUCACUUCCAGUGGGCUGCUUGAUGAAAUCAUACAUGAAAUUCUUGUUUAUACCACCUUCAUUGUGAGCAUCAAAUCUUCUGAACUGAAUGAGUUAAGAGCAAAGAGUUUCUCAAUAAUCAAAGUUUUGGUAGACAAUGUUGGACAUGACAUUGGAAGCUCAUAUUUCAGGCACUGGGUUGCUUUAGCUGAGAUUUUUUCACAGGUUGUUGGUUGCAGUGAAGAUGCAUCUGGAAGAGUUAUGCUUGAAUCCAUAGCUUGCAUUACUGCCAUGUUAACAAGAGUUAAUGAGGGCCUUAAAGUGUUAUUCUCAACUCCAGCUCGCCAGGAGAUUUUGGAUCAUGCUAAAACAUCUGGUUUAGCGGAUCAGCUUUGUCUCUGCUUAGCCACUGCUGGUGCAAGUCUUAUUUCAGGUUCUUCAAAUAUGUUGCGCUCAGCGUGUGAAGCAUGCAGGGCUAUUUGGUUAUUGGUAGAUGCAUCAGAGUUUUUUUCUACAAAAGGAAAUGUCGUUUCCUUUCCGCUGAACACUAUGGCUAGUCCAGCAAGGGAUCAAGAUCGGGGAGGUUCUGUGAUUUUGAUAGAAUCAGCAAAACUUGUAGCUGUAGUUACUAGAGCAUUAGUUAGAUCUAAACCAGUUCAGGUUGCCAUCCAUUAUUGCCUUCAUCAACGUCUUGAGGCUUCACUCUAUGCUGGUAUUCAGCUCUUGUUGAGGUGCUGCUUGCAGAGUGGAAUUGUUCCUGGCAUUCUCUGUGGCCUGCCUAGUUCCUUACCUGUAACUACUGUUGUCAGUGGUGGAGGUGAUAGGACCAUUAUUUCAGAGAUAUUCUCUUUGUUGUCUUUAUGCAUUUCAUCUCAAAAUAAAGAUCCACAAGCAAUUGAGACAACCAACUUGAAGAGCAAAAUAAGCGAUCCCAAUACAUUGGUCAUGCAUUCCUGCCUCAUCCUUGCAUCAGUGGCACAAUGUUUAAAGGCGACUGGAAGAAAUUCUGCAUUGUUUAUGCUUACUACAUCCUCGAAGAAUCAGCUUUCUCGACUUUCUGUCCUUGCUCAUCACUUUUCUUCUGGUGAGAGCACAAAUACUUCCUCUCGAGCUCACAGUGCAUCAGCCAUGUUGGCACUGGCAUCUAUUUUGUCCCUUGAAUCUGGAGCUUCUGUUGGUUCCUCUGUCUUUGAAGUAGCUGUGCCUUUGAUUCCUCAAACCACCACACUUUGUGAAUACCUCAAACUUCCAUCAAACAGUGAGAUUGUCUCAGGUCCUAAUGGCACCAAUGGUGUUCUCUCAAAUUGGCAUGGCCUUAGGGAUGGAUGUGUUGGCCUUCUGGAGGCGAGAUUGAGGUGGGGAGGACCUUCAGCUGUCCAACAAAUGUGUGCAAGCAAUAUCCCUCUGCUUCUAAUCAAUUUGUUAGCCAAAAACCAACAAUAUUCUUCUCCUGAAGAAGAAUCCAGUGCAAGUGAUCAAGUUGGGCUUUCCCCUAUAGGAGUUGUGUGGACAGUAUCAUCUAUUUGUCAGUGCCUUUCAGGUGGAGCUUUAACCUUUCGUCAGAUUCUGCUUAGAAGUGAUCAUAUCAAACUCUUCUCUGACUUGAUAUCCGAUACGCAUCUCAAACUUGUAAAGUCCUGGGCUGGGCCUGGUGGAGGAAUGGAUGGCGUAAGAGAUAUAACAAACGUAGGAGUGCCUGGUAUCAUUCUUUGGUGUCUAGAACAUUUGGAGUUAAAAGAUUUGGGAAGACCUGUGGCCUUUCUGGCUAAGAUGAUAGCUCAGCGACCAUUGGCAGUUCAACUUGUGGGUAAAGGCUUGUUGGAUCCUACUAAGAUGAGAAGAUUGCUGGAUCGUUCAAGCCCAAAAGAAGUCAUUCUGGAUGGUCUGAUGAUUGUUUCUGAUUUGGCUCGCAUGGACAAGGGAUUCUAUGAAUACAUUAACCGGGCUUCUCUGCUGGAGUUCUUCAAGGGAUUUCUUGUUCAUGAAGAUCCUAGUGUGCGUUCGAAGGCUUGCAGUGCUCUAGGCAACAUGUGCCGGCACAGCUCCUAUUUUUACAGUUCCCUUGCAAGGAAUCAAAUCAUUGGCCUCCUUAUUGAUCGAUGCUCUGACCCAGACAAACGUACACGGAAAUUUGCUUGUUUUGCUAUUGGAAAUGCCGCUUACCAUAACGAUAUGUUGUACGAAGAGCUGCGGCGAUCUAUCCCCAAGCUUGCCAAUUUGUUGCUUUCAUCUGAGGAAGACAAGACAAAAGCAAAUGCAGCAGGUGCACUAAGCAAUCUUAUCCGCAACUCCAACAAGCUUUGCGAAGACAUUGUAUCCAAAGGAGCCAUGCAGUCUUUGCUGAAGUUGGUGGCAGAGUGUUCAGAGCUAGCUCUGAAUCCAAGUAGGAGAGAUUCGGCGCAUGAGUCACCUCUCAAAAUAGCUCUGUUUUCAUUGGCAAAGAUGUGCUCACAUCCGCCGUGCAGAGACUUCCUCCGUUCAUCUGACUUGUUCCCUGUGAUCGGACGGCUGCGGCAAUCCCCAGAAUCAACAAUUGCCAACUACGCAUCUGCCAUUAUCAACAAAGUUGCCUGAUCUCCUCAACCAAGUUUUGCAUCAGCAACUGCCACUAAAUAGGGCAUUCAUCAUGGGGUAAGCACACUGCUUGCUGCAAUAGUAUUCAUAUAUGUACGUAUGUAAUAUGUAUAUGGAUGAUCUGUAUUGUUUUCUUUUUCCUUUAGUUGUUCCAACUAUAAAUGAGCACACAUCCCUUUCCUUC